AUGUCCGAGGACGUCGUCGCCCUUAAGAUCACCCUGGCCGAUGGCCGGACUAAAUCCUGCUCCGCCGACGAGAACACGGCGCUCUUCCGCGCCGCACUGCUUUCCCUCGGCGCGCUGGGCGUCAUCACCGAGGUCACCUUCCGCGCCGUGCCGGCCUUCACGCUGCGGUGGACGCAGACCAUCGACGCCGACCGCGUGAUGCUGGACGCGUGGACCAAGGGGGCCCUGUGGACGCAGAGCGAGUUCGUGCGCCACGUCGAGCCGCCCCGGCGGAACUACGACGGCCCGCUGGGCUAUUACGUCUACCACAACCUGCUGUACCUCGCGCAGCUCGUCCCGCGGAUCCUCCCGUGGGUCGAGUGGUUCGUCUUCGGCAUGCAGUACGGCUUCCGCGACGGGUCGACCGUCUCCGCCGUCCAGCCCAGCCGCGAGGCGCUGCUGAUGAACUGCCUCUACAGCCAGUACGUCAACGAGUGGGCUAUCCCGCUGCACAAGGGCACGGAGGCUCUCCGCCGUCUGUCGUCGUGGUUGAACCACCUCGGCCCGGCCGACCCGGAUUACGUCCCGCACGGCAUACCCUUCUCGGCCGCCGGGCUCUUCGUCCACGCGCCGGUCGAGGUGCGCGUGAAGACACGUCGUCGUCGUCGUUGUCGUCGGACCCGCGCCGGCGGCCCCACGCUGUACCUCAACGCGACGCUCUACCGGCCGUACCACGCGGACCCGCCGUGCCGGGAGCGCUACUACGAGGCGUUCGAGUGGCUGAUGAGAGACCUCGGCGGGCGGCCGCACUGGGCCAAGGACUUCGUCGUCAGCGGCGGGAUGGUGGAGGCGCUGUACGGCGAGGACUUUGCGCGGUGGCGGUCCGUUCGGGACGAGGCGGAUCCGGAGGGCAUGUUCAUCGGGCCGUGGCACCGCGAAAAGGUGCUCGGCGAGGGCCCAAGGCCCGCGCUGGAAGAGGUCGAGGUCGAGAGGGCGCGGCGCAGGGGGGCGGGCUGA